AUGCGUGCGUGCGUCAUCCCCCCAGGCGUGCGGCUGCACGUGACGCCGGGGUUCGACCCUCUGGCCUACAACGGGCGCAUCAUCGAGUGCAGCUACAACAGAGAGGAGCGUGCGUGGGAGUUCAUGCGCGAGCGGGGCGACAAGCAGACAGCCAAUUUCAUUUCAGUGUUUGAGAAGGUGGUCAAGUCCAUCGAAGACGACCUGCAGGUCUGUGAUGAGUGA